AUGCUGUAUUCCUGCAUUCUUCCUCUACUUCUCGCCUACGGGCUGGUCUGCUCUGCGCAGCCAGUUGAAAAGCGACAAUCAACCGAGUCCUUCAAGCUAUACGCAUAUGGCGAGAACAUUAGCGGACUGCCUGUCUUCUACAGCAACGGUACUGCUGAAAUUGCCGAUUCAUCCAAAGUCGACACCACCAGAAUGACCUCGAUUGACUGUAAGAGACGAUCUUUUGCAGCGAGAAGCAAGACUCUUGACGCUAACAACGCCCUAGUCACUGCCUCCAAUGACUCGCCAAGCACCUGGACUGCACACCCCACUUCCAGUUCCAACGACAGGGUCUCUGCACUCUCAACCAACACGCUCUAUCUCGGCCAAGGUGACGAGUCCAAUGAAGUGGGCUUCACAGGCACAUCCGAGACUGAGCGGUCAAACAAGCUCAGCAACGUAUGGUCUCUCUACGGCAACUAUGUCCUGGUCAGCAUGAGCGGGGCCAACUUCUACGCGAGACCGACUGGCACAGAUGGCUUGUACUCUCUGCUCUGGAGUACCUCAGCUGAAACCAUGACGGACUAUAUACCGCUCACUCUCCGCACCAUAGAGCCGGCAACAGAGUCCGUGCUGAACUAG